AUGGAGGUUACGGUAACCAAAAGAGAAGUCAUCAAGCCAUCUUCCCCAACCCCUGACCAUCUUCGACAUCUGAAACUCUCUUUUCUUGACCAGCUUUCCCCUCAAAUUUACAUGACUCGAUUUCUUUUCUAUCCUUUUAACCCUGGUCAUAUCAAAACCAACAAUCAUCAAGAACGAUGUGACAACCUAAAAAAGUCCCUCUCUGAAACCUUAAGUCGAUUCUAUCCUCUUGCUGGGCGCAUUAAAAGCAAUCUCUUUGUUGACUGCAACGAUGAGGGGGCUGAGUACCUAGAAACUCGAGUUAAAUGCCAGCUCUCAGAUGUUCUUCAGAACCCUAACUUACUCGAACUCAACAAACUAGCCCCAUUCGACCCAACCAGUACAGUAUACGUCCAGCUGUGUCUGCAUUCAAUGCUAUCCGAUUCAUUACCAUUUCAAUGUCUUCUCUCUCGGCUUCACUUUUCAGGCGAUGUUCCCCUCGGCGUCCAAGUCAACAGCUUCGAAUGCGGCGGCAUGGCCAUUGGCAUAUGCACAUCACACACAAUCGGGGAUGGUUUCUCAUUUGUGAUGUUCAUCAACAGCUGGGCUGCAGCCAACAAUGGAGAGAAAGAUUUAGUUUCUCCCCAGUUUGAAUGCGCCAAGCUUUUCCCACCCAUGAACAUCCCCAGUGACAACAGAGGAGUUGGGAUCAUAAAAGAGAAACCUGUGGCGAAAAGGUUUGUUUUCGCCGCCCCAGCCAUGGCUGCUCUCAAAGAGAAAUAUGGCGGCACGAAAGGCCUCGAGAACCAGCCAUGGCCAAGCAGAGUGGAGGCUGUUUCGGCCUUCAUUUGGAGCAGAUUUGUGGCAGCCACACAAGAACCCGAUUCGAAUAAGUCUUACAUCGUGCACCAGUCAGUGAACCUCCGGUGGAGGACCAGCCCCCCAUUGCCGGAGACUUACUUUGGCAAUCUGAGCCGAACGGCGGUUGCAAUACUGCGCGGCGAGGAAGGAGGCAGUGGUCUCAUCAGCAAGAUGAGGGACUCGAUAAGAUCGAUGAACAAUGACUAUGUGAAACAGUUCGAAGACGGUGGCGAUUACUUGAACUUGAUCUAUGAGUUCGCCGGGAGGUUAGCACGGCGAGAGCUGUUCCCCUUCUACUUCACCAGCACCAGCAAGUUUCCGGUCUACGAGGCGGAUUUCGGGUGGGGAAAGCCGGCGUGGGCGGGCUUGGGGUCUCAGGCGUUCAAGAAUCUGGCUAUUCUGAUGAGCACCAAAUCAGGCGACGGCAUAGAGGCUUGGGUUAACCUGGAGGAGCAUGACAUGGCCAAGUUUGAACGAGAUGAAGAGCUGCUUUUCUUUGCUUCCCCAACCUCCUCAAGUGCUUAGAAUCAUGCCUUAAUCGGUUCAAGUGAAUCAUUCAGUGGCAUGAAUAACAGAUGGUGAAGAUGGUGAUCUCAGAUGAAGCCCCAGAAAUUGGUUCUUUGAUUCGUUUCUUGCUCUGAUUUUGCCAUUUGGGGCUUCGGAUCAAGACUGUCUAGGUUCUUGUCUUGUGUUCCGUUGUUUAGUGCUCUAUAGAUGGGUUUGGUUUGGUUUAGUUGCCUUUUGAGUCGGUCUAUCGAGUCAUGUGUCUUAUAUGUUGUGUUAGUCGUGUCGGUGUUCACCAAUUGGGUUG